AUGAAGAGCUCGUCUGUGCGUUCGCCACGCGAUGUCAUCUCGCACGUCUCGCCGAAAUCGCGCAAAAUCCGCAAGGAAACGUCGACGGAACGACGCGAAAAGGAGAAGGUUAGUAACAUUUUUAACAUUUUUUUUUUUUGAUAUGUAAGAUGGAUUCCAAUGGCACUGAGAUAGCUAAACAAUUGCCUCUUUCCAGGUGACGAACCGUCUCCGCCAACUCGUCGACGCCGACGAGGACGCCGAUCAGUAUCAGCUCGUGAUGGCCACAAUCGCGCACAUCCGAGAGCUCCAGGCGCAGCUGAAUGGAAAGGAGAACUCGUUGCCGUCGGGAUUCGAGCAGUACUUCUCCGUUUCGACGUCAGUCAGCCCGUCGUCGUCGCGACCCGAAUCCCCGGACUCGUCGUCCGAAUCGGUCACGUCUUCAACUCGCCCUUCGCCAUAA